AUGUCAUCUCCAACUCAGACAUCUUCAUCGUCAUCAGAACGUGCAAUUUCGCAACUAAGCGUAGAGCAAUCAGCAAACGCGUUUCGUUCGAUAUUUCCGUUGACAGCAACACAGUUUGUUGCAUCGCCAACACCAGAUGCUGCUAGUUACAUAGCAUACGAAGAUACUGGAGACAUUGGGGAAAAUUUGCCGGUAUUAUUUUUUGUGCCUGGAAUGGGAGAGCUCCGACAAACUUAUCGAUUUAUUGCGCCGCAUUUUAAUCGAGAAGGACAUCGUGUGCUAUGUAUGGAUUUAAGAGGAGCUGGACAGAGUACUGCAAAUUUUACAAAUUAUACACCAGAAGAUGUAGUAACUGAUAUGAUUCGAGUUUUGGAUCAUGCACAAAUCAAGAGUCCAAUCGUGAUUAUAGGGAAUUCGCUUGCUGGUGCUUCUGCGAAUAUUUUUGCUUCAAAAUAUCCUGAAAAAGUACAGAAUAUAAUAUUGAUUAAUGGAAUUGUCAGAGACAUGCCAGCCGAUAAAUUCUUUCGUCCGGCCUCAAGAUUGUUAUUCCUACCAAUUUGGGGUACAACCGUCUGGCUAACUUACUGGCAUACCUUAUUUCCCGAUCCUUCUCAAAAACCCGCCGACUUUGAAAUAUAUGCCACGGCGUUGAAGAAAAAUCUCUACGAAUCCGGUCGUUUGUACGCACUCAAAAUGUAUGCACAGGCUACCAAAGAACCGGCAUGGGAGUGUGCCACUCAGGUCACUUGCCCGGUUUUGACGAUUUAUGGUAGCAAAGAUCCCGAUUACCCGGAUCCAGCUGGAGAACCAGAGAUUGUUAGACCACGGUAUGCGAAGGCAAAGUCGUUUAAGAGUGUGGUGUUAGAUGGAUUAGGUCAUUACCCGCAUGUCGAAGACCCGCAAAAAGUAAUUAAACUGAUUUCGGAAUUUCUAUCUUAA